AUGUGGCCGUUGUCAGCGAGCCAGGGCCGGUUCGGCCAUCUGGUUGUGCUGGCUCUGUGGGUCAUGCCAACGGAGGGGAUGUCUACGCAAAACACACAACUUCAUUCCCCGCAUCUUGGCAAGGACAGCAAUGGAUUACAGAGAUACACUAAAUUACAGGGGGGUGGCGAUACGUCUCUGAGUACCAUUGGAUCGUUCGCACUCUCCUAUGCCCCUUCAGAGGAACCAAUCACUAGCGGGCACAAGCUUGAACGUGGGAAGCAUAGCAAUGAAGAGUUUUCCGGAGUUCAACUGGCAAGCUCCCGGAGCGUUCAGCCGGAAGCCCAAAACCAAAUAGAUGACAUUUUACAUAACGUGAGGACAUUUAUAAGCAAAACUACGCUUAAAAAUCGGUUUUUGGUCAUAUCGUCGUAUUACAAGUUGUAUUCCCUGUUUCGAGCAUGCGCCGUUGCCUAUGGCCUUGGCUUCCUCUUUAGCAACGUGAACCAAAUUGCAGGUCUCGCAAAUAUUGUUGUUGGAACAUUGACAAGCCUUUUCUUGAACCGUUGGAUGCAUAAUGUCUACGCCGAAAUUAUAUCUGGGGCGAAGCUUCCAGAUAAAGUGGAGAACAGUUUGUCUACGUUCAUUCGGAAUGACAGGAAACGCAUUGAUAGCUUCACGCAUUCAAGCAUGAUUGCUUCCAUCAAAGAAGCGAUGAUGACAUCUGUAAGGAGUGCGCUUAAUCCCCAAAGUUUGGGUGACACCAUAGAUCGUGCACUGGUGCCUUUGGGGCCUUCCGGCCCACAGCUAAUGAACUUUUCUACGGAGAGCAUCAGCAUGGAUGAGUUCAAGUCGAAAUACCCGUUCGUGUUCCUCCUGCGUCAUGUAGAGACUCCUGUCCAUGCAUUUACAUCGGGUAAGCGCCCUGGGCUGCGACACGGGCCCUUUUCUAGUCUUCAUCUUGCCCUUCCAUACAUAAUCAGGCAAUGGCGAAGCGCAGCUGUCUUGUGA